AUGAUGAGUCAAGAUCCUAGGAAUGAAUUAAGUAAAAGAUACAGACACUUGGUGGUUAUAAGUGGGGAUGAUUGGUUGGUUUUGUUGGAUGACCUGAUAGACAUAUGUAUGUUUGGUCCUCAGGUGUUAAGAUCAGCUCUUAGGCUUGCUACAACAGCAUACACUGCAGCCUUAGCUAAAAAUGCAAAAGAGACUAUGCUGGAAAUAGCAACCACCGCUACAGAUAUGAGAGCUAUGAUUGAAGAAUCAUUUACACAACAAGAGUCUUUUGUUCAAUCUUUAGAACAUUUAACUCUCUCCUGGAAUAAUUUAACAUCUAGUAUAACCAAUUAUACUGCAGAAAUGGAUAAAAAGACUUUGUUACUAACAAACUUAGGGUCAACUGUUAAGAAAACCUCAGUAAAAGCACCUUCAACUAUCUCUGAUUUUACACCUGAUAAGCAAGUUGGAACAAGACUUCGAAUUUCACCCGGUUACUCUUACAAAUCGAAAGUAGGUGUGUUAACAUGUACUGUUGAUGAUGAUCUAGGGUUUACAGCAAAUACAAGAGAGGGUAUGACUAUUGGAAAAAUCAUUAAUUCAAUCAAGAAAGUUAAGCCAUUAGAGAUCAUUCUAAACAAAGAUUUAACUAUUUUAUCAGAGUAUGCAAGUAAAAAUGAUGACAUUAUAAAUGUUUAUCCUUCUUCUUCAGUGGAAAAUAAAAGAAGUAUAUUGAGAGAAUUAAACUCAAACGUUCCUGAUCUGACUGAUCAAUGGGUGAAAAUGGGUUAA